AAUCUGAAAGAAGCAACAGAUGUAAAUCCUUUGUGUAUAUAUAUACACAGUCUAAGCUUAGAAAUUGUGAGCUAAAUACUCAGAAACAUAACUUACUAGCCUUUUAAUUCUUGGGUGUUCAGAAGCUAAUCUAACUUCUAUUCCACGAGGACAGACAGGUUGGAAUAACUACCAGUACUCCAACCAAAUAGUCAACCCAACAACUUCCAACAUACCUGAGUAGUGCUCCAAGUUUCAGAUCACGAAUUCCUGCACUGCUUCAUGUCCAUGGACAAGCUUUUGUCAACCAAGACACCGGAAUCCAUACAGAAUUGCUCUCAUGAGCUCUCAGAUCAUCGCAACAGCAACUCAUCUCAUCGCUUCAGCUAUCUCACCAGUUUUCCAUGCUGCAGAACCAUACCCACUCUUGCUGCUCCACUCCUUGACACACCAGUGAUCAAGGAGCCCAAUGAGCAUUCCACUAAAGCCUCUCGCCGGUCCUACUCUGCCCCAUCCAUAUUCACCUGCAUCAAGGAAAGUCAAGCCCUGGCACUCAAUACCGAACCUGCAGAUUCUCCGAACACGCAUUCACCAUGGAUUGUGCGGCAAGCCAUAGUUGGAGCAAUCCUGUACAUCUCGGUAGGGAUCAUCGUCUUCAUGUUGAGGCAAGGGAGCUUCAAGGGGCACAGAACGUUUCCACUGGUCGACGGGCUAUACUUCACCAUCGUGAGCAUGUGCACAAUCGGGUAUGGCGACAUAGUGCCUCACACCAGCUUCACCAAGCUCUUUACCUGUGCGUUCAUUCUGGUGGGCUUCGGCUUCGUGGAUGUCCUCCUCAAUGGGUUGCUGACCUACGUGCUCGACAAGCAGGAGGCAGUGCUGCUCAGCGCCGUAGACGAGAGCCGUCGCAACGUGAUCUUCAGGACGUAUGUGAUGGACAUGAGGAAGGGGCGGAUGAGGGUGCGGAUGAAGGUGGGGUUGGCACUGUGUGUCGUUAUCUGCUGUGUUGCGGUGGGGACUGUGAUGGUGCACGUCCUGGAGGGGCUGGCUUGGCUCGACAGCUUCUAUCUCUCGGUGACCUCCGUGACGACAGUGGGGUACGGGGACUACACCUUCUUGACGAUGAAGGGGAGGCUGUUUGCAUCAGUGUGGCUGCUGGUGAGCACUCUCGCUGUCGCCAAGGCCUUCUUGUAUCUGACCGAGCUCAGGAUCGAGAAAAGGAAUCGAAGGACUGCAGAGUGGGUGCUCAAGAGGAAGAUGACCGCGGGAGAUCUGAUGGCAGCAGACCUGGACAAUAAUGGAUCCAUAAGCAAAUCAGAGUUUGUGAUCUACAAGCUCAAGGAGAUGGGGAAGAUCUCAGAGAAGGACAUCAUGUUAAUCUGCAACCAGUUUGAUGAACUCAACGCUGGGAAGUGUGGAAAGAUCACGCUGUCAGAUCUCGUCCAAGAGUCACCACUGACAAAUCCAUGGAAGAACAGCUGAGCAUAUGGCCUGCAAAACCAAAACGUACUCCAUACAUACUUGUAUACACAAUUAACGUAUUGUUCAUCCAUAAACUAUGGAACUCAGAAAUAGUUGACACAAGUAAUGUUAAGAUGAA